AUGCUGUUUCCCCUAGCUAGGAACCAGCUCUAUUAAUCGGAUAAAAAAUGGUUUGAAGUUUGGAGUAUUGCCCACAAUCUGAAUCAAACAUUAUGGAUGGGAGAAACUCCACAGAAGAGCGGCAAGUGGAUGUAGACAAAGUGAUAGAAGUGAUGCGAAGUAAGCUGUUGGAAUCGCCGAGAUAUAUCAAGAAAUCGGCGGGCAGAUACGAUUGCUGCAUUUUCCGGGUACCCCAAGGUUUCACCAAUUCCAAAGACAAUGCCGGGUUGUAUCAUCCCCGCACGGUCUCAAUCGGUCCGUACCACCACGGGAAGCCUCAUCUGAAGGAGAUGGAGGAACACAAGUGGAGGUUCUUGGAGAGAGUGAUAAAGAGGACGAGUGUGGGUUUGGAGGAGUACGUGGAAGCGGUCAGAACAUUGGAGACAAAGGCCAGAGAAUCCUAUUCGGAGGAUAUAAGUAUAACUCUCAAAGAUCAUGAGUUUGUAGAGAUGUUGGUUCUUGAUGGGUGCUUUGUGGUUGAAAUGUUUCGGGCAUUCAGCGAGGUGGCUCCCUUCGAGAAAGACGAUCCAUUUCGAUCAAUGCAAUGGAUACGUUUCAGUCUCCACGACGACUUCCUCUGCCUCGAGAACCAAAUACCAUAUUUCGUGCUAGAGAAACUCUUCACGCUCACUAAAAUGCCCGGCGAUAUUUUGAAAGCCACCGGCGUCACCAGCACUUUGGCUGUCACGGCCCUCACCUUCUUCAACACCUCGGGUAAAUUCGGAAGGAACCCGGAGAUGAUCAUGAAAUCCUUUCGGGGCGAUUUGAGAGGGCUACAUCUUCUUGAUUUAGUACGGAAAACUUAUUUCCCGAAGGAUUCCCGCCGCGGGCAGAGGGUACCCGAAUCUGGUGUUGGAGAUAUUCGUCCUCAAAAUAACGUUAGCGAAAUUAAUUUUCAAACAUCUGGAGAUUCUGGAGCCGUCAACUUCCAGAGCAUCUCGACACUGCGCCGGGCCGGAAUCGAGGUGAAGUUGAACGAAAGUGAGAGGACGAGUUUCCUGCCGGUGGGAUUCAGUCGGGGAGUGAUCUCGAUGCCGAUGCUGGAGCUGAACGACACGAUGUGCGCCUUCUUGCUGAACUGCGUGGCGUUCGAGCAGUGCCAUGAGGGGGGAGACAAGCUGGUGUCGGACUACGCCGGGUUUCUGGACCGCCUUGUGGACACGGGCGAAGACGUGGACAUUCUGUGUGAGGCCAAGGUGUUGGACCACAAUUUAGCGACGCAGGAUGAGGUGGCCGCCUUCGUGGGCAAGCUCGGGCAGAAGGCGGCGUCCGAUCUCAGCAAAAGCUACUUGAAGGGGGUGUUUGCCGGCGUGAAGGAGCACUGCGGCAUCCGUCGGCACGUUUAUUUGGCCGAGGUCAAGGCCAAAUACUUCAGCUCCCCUUGGUCCACAAUGUCUCUCUGCGCAGCCGGUUAUCUCCUCCUUCUCACCACCGUCCAGACCAUUUUCGCUGUAAUGGAUUACUUUAAAAUAGAGGACAAUUUGCCAAAAAAGCAUCGAUGAUAAAGAGUCAAAUUAAGAGUUAAUGUAGUACUAGUAUGUUUUAUUACCUUUUCCGCC